AUGGAUCAAUGGAUUGGUAGAGAGAUGUGUAAUUGGCGAUUGUGUGGAUGGGUGGCACUUGACUCUAUUGGGGCGUCACCUGGAAUUCUAAUUGUUUGGAAUGAUGAUGAAUUCGAGAAGAUGUAUGUUGAUAUCGGAAGAUUCUCAAUUAGUGUGCAACUUAGAAAUCGGGGAGAUAACUUUCGUUGGGUGUUGUCUGCGGUUUACAGGCUAGUGAGCCAAGAUCUAAAAGCGGAGUUUUUUAACGAGUUGUCAAAAGUGUCUAGUUUAUGGGAUUUGCCGAUCAUAUUUGCUGGAGAUAUGAAUCAAGUGAGGGAUCCUUCUAAAAGAAAGGGUGCUAGAAGAUAUACUAGCCGAAUGUCAGAAUUUUCUAAUAUGAUCGAGGACAUGGAGCUUGUAGAUCUGCCCCUUGAAGGAGGUCAAUUUACAUUCAGAAGAGGCAAUGGUAGUGGUGGGUUGUCUCAGUCUUGCAUCGACAAGUUUUUGGUUAGUGAGUCGAUCUUUCGGGGGGUGGCUAAUAUUUUUCAAAAGGUUCUUUUGUGGAGUUGUUCAGACCAUCGACCUAUUCUAUUAGAGCGUGGGGUUGUGCAGUUGCGUUGCCGCCCUUUCAGGUUCGAGAAUAAGUGGUUGAGUAGAGUUGAUUUUUUUCCGCGUGUGCAAGAAUGGUGGAGGACUCAAGCUUCCCUAGGUUCCGCUUCAUCGAAACUGUUUAUGAAUUUGAAGAAUUUACGCAAGCAUAUUGAAAGUUGGUAUAUGGGUGAACGUGCUACUUUUUGUGCAAAGGUCGAUGAAUUAUGUAAGAAGAUUAAUAUUAUCGAUGAAGUGGAAGAGGUUCGUGAGCUUUUGGCUGAAGAGGUUAGCUCUCAUAUUUUCCCAGUUUCUAAUCUUCUGGAAUUGUGUAAAGAAGAAGAGAUUGGGACCAGACAAUGGAGCAGGGCUACUUGGCUAAGAUAUGGGGAUAAAAACACAAAGUUCUUUCAUUGUGUCUCAAAGGCGCAAGCUAGGAAUAAUGCUAUUAAUUCUAUCUCGGUGAAGGGUGUUGUACAUGAUGGUGAGCCUGUGAUUUCAAAUAGCAUCGUUGAAUUCUAUAAAGAAUUAUUCAAAGAAUCACAUAUGGCUAGACCGAAGUUGGAUGGAGUGAAUUUUAAUACUAUUAAUGCAGAGCAAAAAACCUUAUUGGAAGCUCAUUUCACGGAGGAAGAAGUGGAGGCAACAACUAUGGGUUGUGGAAGCGAUAAGGCAUCAGGAAGUGACGGUUUUACUUUGGCAUUCUUCAAAAAAGCUUGGCCUUUUCUCAAGAUUGAUAUCAUGGUAGAGAUCGAGCCUUUUUAUCAAUUUUCUUCAUUCGAUUAG